GAAGCAGCUUGCGGAUUGGUUAGAGUGCAGGGUUUUUGCUGCAAGUAGCGCAAUGCUGGGCUGUAGAGCUGCCGGCUCGUGACAGCUUCAGUGGCCUCGGAGGACCAUGUCACUAGAUUUUGGCAGUGUGGCACUACAGACACAAAAUGAAGACGAAGACUAUGACGAGGAGGACUACAGAAGGGAGAAAGAGUUGCAGCAGUUGCUCACAGACCUCCCUCACGACAUGCUGGACGAUGACCUAUCUUCCCCCGAGCUCCACGGUUCUGUCUGCAGUGAGGAUGGCACAGAAGAACCCCAUCCUUCUGAGCAGUUGGAGAGGAACUGGAAUGAGCAUCAAGUGCUGCCCAAAUCUCAAAGUGUUCAUGACUAUAAUGAAACUCAGGGUUUAUAUGGUGGAGAGAAAUGUGACAAUGGUUGGGAAGAAAACAGAAGUAACAUAGCAGACAAGCAUCCUGGGUACCAUCAGGAAGAAGGCAGGGAUGAAGGUGGAAGUGGUUAUAGUCCUCCAAGUAAACAUGAACUGACGGAUUUGUACCACAUUCCUGAAAACUUCAGGCCAUACACCAACGGUCACAAGCAGGACUUUCAUAAACAGCCAUCCAAUGUAAUCAAAGUUUUAGAUCCUGAAAGGAAACAUUUUCAGCAAUUUGGUGCAUCACAAGUUUCUAGCUGUCAAGCUUUGGGGUCAUAUAAAGUGACAUAUAAGCCUCAUCAAUCUAUUCAGAGUAACAACCCAUCAGUCCAAGAUGUGGCUGGAAGUGACAUGUUUGAAGGACUACAACAACAAUUUUUAGGAGCAAAUGAGACAAAUUCUACAGAAAAUAUGCAUAUUGUUCAACUUCAAGUUCUUAACAAAGCAAAAGAGAGACAACUAGACAACUUAAUUGAGAAGCUAAAUGAAAGUGAUCGCCAGAUUCGAUAUCUAAAUCACCAGCUCCUGAUACUUAAAGACGAAAAGGAUGGUUUAGCCCUCAGCCUUCGGGAAUCACAGAAACUCUUUCAGAAUGGAAAAGAAAGGGAGAUCCAGCUUGAAGCACAAAUAAAAACUCUGGAGACUCAAAUACAAGCCUUCCAAGCCAAUGAAGAAAAGCUGGUGAGGAAGUCCAGAACAACAGAACUGGCUUUGGAAAGCUUGAAGCAACAGCUGUUAGAGCUUCAUCACUCUGAGUCCCUUCAGCGAGCCAGAGAGCAGCAUGAGAGCAUUGUGACAGGCCUCACAAAGAAGUACGAGGAGCAGGUGUUGUCCUUGCAGAAGAAUUUGGACACUACAGUAGCUGCACUGAAGGAACAGGAAGACAUUUGUGCUCAUUUGAAAGAUCAUGUGAAACAACUCGAAAGGAAUCAAGAAACAGUCAAAUUAGAAAAGACUGAGAUUAUUAACAGGCUGACAAGAAGUCUGGAGGAGAGUCAGCAGCAAUGUGCCCACCUGCUGCAGUCAGGCUCCAUACAGGAAGUGGCUCAGCUCCGGCUCCAGCUGCAGCAAGCAAUCAAGGCACAUGUUCUAAGUGAGAACAUGAAUAAAGCUUUGCAGGAUGAAUUAACUGAUCUUAAAGAGGAGAUUUCUCUCUAUGAAUCUGCUGCAAAACUAGGAAUACUUCCAAGUGACUCAGAAGGAGAAUUAAAUGUAGAACUCACUGAAUCAUAUAUGGACUUGGGUAUUAAAAAAAUCAUCUGGAAAAAUUCCAAAAUUAAUAGCCCUGUACAGCAAGAUCCCCCAGAUGAAGAGCUUCCGAAAGACGAGGUAAUCCUCAAACUGAAGGCAGAAGUGCAGCGUUUGCUAAGCAGCAACUCAGUGAAGCGCCACCUGGUGUCUCAGCUGCAAAAUGAUCUCAAAAACUGUCAUAAGAAAAUCGAAGAUUUCCAACAGCUGCAGGAUGGUGAAAACAGCAUCAGGGUGAGGCCUGUGGAGCAAACUAAAACAGAUACUUCAGAAAAACCAGCUGAUGAAAUAUGGUGUGCCUCUUCUGAUGGAGCUGUCAGAGAUGAUAUUCUGCAACUUAAAAAUGAAAUUCAAGUUUUACAACAGCAAAAUAAGGAACUUAAAGAAGUUGAAGAAAGGCUGAGAAAUACAAAUCAAGAUUUAUGUAAUCAAAUGAGACAAAUGGUACAGGAUUUUGAUCAUGAUAAGCAAGAAGCUGUAGAUAGGUGUGAGAGGACUUACCACCAGCACCAUGAAGCCAUGAAAGCCCAAAUACGUGAGAGCCUGUUAGCAAAGCAUGCUCUGGAGAAGCAGCAGCUCUUUGAGCUUUAUGAGGGGACUCAAUCCCAGCUCAGGUCUGACCUGGACAAGUUGAAUAAAGAAAUGGCUGCUGUGCAGGAAUGUUACUUGGAAGUCUGCAGAGAGAAGGAUAAUCUAGAAUCAACCCUCAAGAAGACCAUUGAAAAGGAGCAGCAGGUGCAAGAGCAGAAGAGACAGCUCUUGGAGGCAAGAGAAGAAUAUGUAAGGAAACUAAAGUUGGAACUUGAAGAAAAGUAUCAAGAAACUCUUAAGAUGGAAAAAAACAAGUGGCUGAAAGAACGAGAAAGCAAUGUUAAACAGCAGGGUGGAAAUGAAGUGAUGAUCUCCAGUGCACACUUGGACAAGGAAAUGAAAGAGCUGGAAAAGGAGUGGCAGAUGAAGCUGGGUCAAACUACGAAGGCACUGACAAAGAAGACCUCAGACCGUGGCAGCCAGACAGACCAGGUGGCCGCCCUCGGUGUCCUUUCUAAGACAGAGCUGGCAGUCUUGGCAGAAGAACAGACACGGAAGGUCCAGCAAGAUUUAGAACAAGAGAAAGAAGCUGCUAUUAAGGCAGCUUUGAAGAAACUUGAAGUUGAGUUGGAGCUCAAAUAUUGUGAAAAUCUUACCAAACAGGUGGAAAGUGCUGUGCGAAAUGCCCGUCACCGAUGGCUACAAGAGCUGCCUGGUCUUGCAGAGUACAAAGCACUUCUGAGAGCUGAGCAGAGGAAAUGGGAGGACCAACUGGAGGCUUCUGUGGCCCAAAGACUGUCAUUUGCCCUGUCAGAAGCUAAAGAGAAAUGGAAAAGGGAGCUUGAACAUAUGAAGAAAAGUCUAACCCCUGGGACGGAACUGGAAGCCAAGGUUCACUCUCUUCAGAAGGAGCUGGAGCUAAAGAACGAGGAAGUCCCUGUGGUUGUCAGGGCUGAGCUGGCCAAAGCCCGAACUGAAUGGAACCGAGAAAAGCAAGAAGAAAUCCACAGAAUUCAAGAACAAAAUGAGGAAGAUUACCGGAAAUUUCUAGAUGAUCAUCGAAAUAAAAUUAAUGAGGUGCUUGCAGCUGCUAAAGAAGAGGCUGUGAAACGGAACACUGACCUGCUUCAUCUGAAGGAGGCAGAAUGGCAGGCAUGCCUAGACCAAAGCCGUAGAGAAUGGGCAAUUCAGGAAGCCAGGAAGAUGCGACAAGAAAUCUAUCAAUAUGAGGAAGACAUCCUGGCUGUGCUUGAGUUUCUGCUAAAGGACACCCAAAUGGAAUGCAUUCAUGGUGCAGAGGACAAGCAGCUCUUGGAACUCAUGUCAAUUUGCUCUUCAAAGUGGGUAUCUGUGCAGUAUUUUGAGAAACUAAAAGCCUGUAUACAGAAAGCAAUUCAGGAUAUGUUGUCCUUAAAUACAGAAAACACCAGCCCAGAAUGGGAAAAGAGAAAUAUCACCAAGAUCUCUACAGAUCCUGUUAGCUGGGACACUGGCCAAGGAGACCCUGGCAUUGGAGCACCCCUUCCUGUACCCAGUUGCAGACACCAUGCUCAGUCCUCGGCCUUGCAAGAAACAGAAGCUGAAGAUAAUACUAAAGUGGUUGAAGAAUUAAUAGAAGAAAACCAUGACAUGAAGAAUAAUUUGGAUGAAUUAAGAACAAUCUGUACACCACCACCAAGGUCAUUGUCAGAAGGGGCCAUUGAACAUGCUUUCCACCCCUGUAGUAGGCAAGCUCUGGAGGAACUUCGUGGACAAUACAUUAAAGCUGUAAAAAAAAUUAAGCGUGACAUGCUUCGUUAUAUUCAGGAAAGUAAGGAGAGAGCUGCUGAAAUAAUAAAGGCAGAAGUGUUGCGGGAACGUCAGGAAACUGCUCGAAGGAUGCGCAAAUAUUACAUGAUUUGCCUCCGGCAGAUUUUGCAGGAUAAUGGAAAAGAUGAAGGAGCUGAGAAGAAAAUUAUGAAUGCUGCUAGCAAACUUGCUACAAUGGCAGAGCUACUGGAAACGCCUACCUCUCAUCGAUUACAACAGAGCAAACCUGUACAGCCGGUAGCACUGGCCCAGACUUCAGAGAUGCAGAAUGGAGUUGAAAAAUCAAAAAGAAAUUGUAUGAAUCAGAAUAUACCACAUCACAAUGAAAGCAAACCAAAGAGUAUAAAAACUAACCCCAGAAGUAUGUGUGAACAAGUUCCUAAGAGGAGGGCUGCGUGUAAUUUACAAAGGCGGUUAGAGGAUUCAGAGCACAGAGGAAAAACGUAUAUGGCUUCCAAAGGGUCACAUUCAGACGUUCAGUUUGACAGUAGUUGCAAGCACCUAAACAUCUUACCAAAGAAUGCUGCACCCAAGUCUGUUCUGUGUGAACAUGAAGGAGGCUUUGAUUUGCGAGAGAAGAAAGGCCUACAAAGUGACUGUGGCUCGGAAUCUCUUCUGCACUCAGCCACAUAUCCCUGUCUUGGAACCUUUGAAAAUAAGUCCUUACCUACAUAUACCUCUGGCUUUUCCCAGCCUGGAUCUACACAUACUACCUUUCAAGGCCCUAAUGAAAAGUCUGAUAUAAAAGCAUUUAUAUGUGAUUCACUAGCAGUCAGUGAACCUGAGAAAAGUCAAGCUUUGGGUAUUCAGUAUACUCCAGUAAAGGAUGGAGGGGAACUUGGUAACUCCUUAGGCUGGUUUUCCAACAGUGCCAUUCUGCCCUGUAAUAGUCAUGGUGUGUCAUUUUUACAUGAUAGGUCACAAGGAACUCUGGAUAGAGUAGAUGGUUCUUUUAAGUUGAAGCAGUCUUUAGCAGCCAAUUGUCUUUCAGAUACAGAGAAAAGUAAUGCAACUUGUCAUCCAUUGAAAUGUCAGAGUGAUAGUGCUCCAGGUCUGCUGGAAGACACCAUGAAGUCCCAGGAAGGGAAGGUCUCUCUGACUCUGGACCACUGUUGUCAGCCUGAGACUGAUUCACUAAAGUCAGACUGCAAAGAGCUGGCGGGUGUGGAACGAUCUUCAUUCCAUCAGCAGCCGUCAAGAAAUUUCAUUGCUCCCUUGCCUGGCCAACGAGACAGUGGUUUUGACAGCCCAUUUGGUGAUCUAGACUAAUAAUGUGCCAUACCUGAGAAGAAUCAUUAAUAUCUAGACAAGAAAAACAAAGGGCAAGACUUCAUACUGAAAAAAAGCCUCAUGGACUCUGCCUAUUUUUUGAGGAUUUACAAACAUCCUUUAUAUUAGUAAAGUUUUCUCAUAAAAUUACUUGAGAUAAUUAUGUUGCCUUAAUUUUCUAAAUACGUGGAUGAUAUGAAGUGUGCUCUGCUUCUGUGUGGUGCUUAUAUUUGUUGUGAAACUUUCAACUUUUGUAGUUAU